GACAGACUCUGCUGUAUCAUGUCGUCUUAGUUAGGCUCUACAGACAGUCUCCGUCACAGUGAUCAUGUUGUUUCAGUAUCAAUCGGAUCGUUUUGCGCUUCUGAAGCUGGUUCUUUGGUUAGUGGCGUGUCUGGGAUGUUUGUCGGUCCGAUCCGGAGCGGAGGAGGACGGCAGCCUGUGGUACCAGGACCUCUGCAGUUAUAAAUGGGAGGCUAUAGACCUGGAUAAAAAAAUGAGCUACACGUUUAAGCUCUGUGAGUCUUCCCCGUCCACCAGCUGCGGCGCCGGUGCUGCCGUCUGCGCUGAGGACCUCACCACCAACAAACACCGGUCUGUGGGUGAUCUGUCCCUGCAGAGGCUCUCCGGCUCGGUGCUGGAUUACAACAACACGGAAAAAUGUCCGGGAAGCAACAACAACGUCCAGAGCAGCAUCAGCUUCCAGUGUGGGAAAACCAUGGGAACCCCGGAGUUUGUCGCUGUGUCUCAGUGUGUGCAUUACUUUGAGUGGAGGACCUACGCCGCCUGCAAGAGCGACAGAUUCAAGCCACACAAAGAGGUGCCCUGCUACGCGUUCGACUCGGACGGGAAGAAGCACGACCUCAACCCCCUGAUCAAAGUGAGCGACGGCUACCUGGUGGACGACGGCGACGACACCGUCGACUUCUACAUCAACAUCUGCCGAAGCCUCAACCUUCCAGGUAAAUCCUGUCCGGAGGGCUCUGCAGCCUGUCUGGUCACCACUCAUGGCUCCUACAACAUGGGCUCUCCCUCCAAACAGCUGGAGCUGGUGUCCAGCGACAGGCUGAGGUUGCAGUAUGAAUUCAGUGCCGCUUCGUCUCCUCCGGACAUCUGCAACGGACACAAUCCUGCCGUCACCGUCACUUUCAUCUGUCCGUCAAGCAGACACGCGGGCAGCACUCCGAAGUUGACGGCAGGGCUGAACUGUCGUUACGAGGUGGACUGGGUGACUGAAUACGCCUGCCACAGAGAUUAUUUGGAGAGUCAGUCCUGCAAACUGACCAGCGAGCAGCAUGACAUGUCCAUAGACCUCACCCCUCUCACCUUGACCAGUUAUUCGUACAGUGCACACUCUGGGCCCGGCGACGGGGAUGAAAGCUACGUCUACUACCUGAACGUGUGUGGAGAGCUCCCCGGCAAAGAAUGCGGUGACGACAAGUUUGUAUCGUCUUGCCAGGUGAAGAAGUCUGCGGAGGCGAAGAAGGUGGCCGGAAAAUAUCAGAACCAGACGCUACGGUAUUCAGAUGGAGAUCUGACUCUGAUCUACCCAGAUGGCACCAGAUGCUCCACCGGCUUCCAGAGAAUGACCAUCAUCAACUUUGAGUGCAACAAGACCGCUUCCAACGGUGGGCGGGGGACCCCAGUGUUCGCCGGGGAGACAGACUGCACUUAUUACUUUGACUGGGAGACGGCCUUCGCCUGCGUCAAGGAGAAGGAGGAUCUACUGUGUCAAGCCAGAGAAGGCAACAAACACUAUGACCUUUCACCCCUCACAAGAUACCCAGGGUCAGAUGACAUCGGGAACUGGGAGGCGUUGGAUGAUCAGUCUCCGAAGUCGGGCUCACGUUUCUUCCUGAACGUCUGUCACAAAGUCAUCCAGUCAGGAGGUGCCGCCGGCUGCCCGGCGAACGCCUCCAUCUGUGCUGUGGAUAAGGAUCAUAAGACCAUCAGUCUGGGCAGCUUCCUCUCAUCUCCCCAUAAGGCCGAAAUAGGAAACGACAUCAGACUGGUGUAUACUGACGGACAUUUCUGCAAUGAAAAGACGAGGAUAAGAACUUUGCUGACCCUCAAGUGCCAGCCAGGAGAUCUGAAGAGCGCUCCCGUCCUUCGCAGAGUCUCGUCUGACGGAUGUGUUUACGAGCUGGAGUGGUACACCGCCGCCGCCUGCGUCCUCUCCAAGACGCAGGGAGACAACUGCAGGGUGGAGGACCCUCAGGCCGGAUUCUCUUUCGACCUGUCGCCUCUCUUCAAACCCGACGGCGGCUUCUACAACCUGACCAGCGGCAGCUACGACUACUUCAUCAACGUCUGCGGCCCCGUCAAAGCCGCCAGCUGCCCUGAGAAGGCCGGAGCGUGUCAGGUCGAAAAGAGUUCUUGGAGUCUCGGGGAAGCGAACUCCCGCCUGUCGUACUACAACGGGCUGAUCCAGCUGACCUACAGCAACGGCUCCCACUACAACAACAAACUGCAGACUCUCAGAUCCACGCUCAUCUCCUUCCUCUGUGACCCGGAAGCUGGAGCUGGAAAGCCUGAAUUCCAGACUGAGGACAACUUCACCUAUAACUUCCGCUGGUACACGUCCUACGCGUGUCCUGAAAGACCUCACGAGUGCUUGGUGACGGACCCCAACACUCUCGACCAGUACGACUUAUCCAGCUUGUCACGCUCCACCUCCAGCAGCAACUGGCAGGCCAUGGAUUUGUCCGACACCGCGGACCCGAAGAAGUACUACAUCAACAUCUGUCGGCCGAUCGUCCCCGUCCCAGGCUGCGACCACCACGCGUCCGUCUGCCAGAUGAAGUACAUAUACGACCAGGGCUCUCCGAAGGAGGUCGUGUCCGUCAAAAACAUGGGCAUCUCCAAGCGGGGGCCGAUCGUCGAGGGCCGGGACCGGCUGCUGCUGGAGUUCACAGACGGCUCCGAAUGCGUGUCGGACGGCCAGAAGCUCGCGUACACGACGCGCAUCCACCUGGUCUGCUCCAGAGGGACUCAGUCGAUGAGCCCGUGGUUCCUGAUGUACCAGAACUGCACCGCUAACUUCAGGUGGGAGACCCGAGCAGCGUGCGCCAUCACCACCACCAAGAACAGCAGCUGUGCCGUGGUGGACCCCAACACCGGCUUUGAGUUCAACCUCCAGGUUUUGGCCUCUAAGACCGGAUACAAGACGAGCGCGAAUGGAAAAAACUUCCUGGUGAAUAUCUGCACAGACGUGGCAGAGUGUGGGCCGGGCAUGGCCGGCUGUGAGCUGGAGGACGGGCAUCCCUUGAGCCCAGUGGGGGUGGAGAGGACCCUGGAGUACUCCACUGACGGCCUGCUCCAACUGACAUAUAAGGGACGACAGGACAAUCCCAAAGAGGACACCUUCAUCAUUAAUUUUGUGUGCGAUCCAAACUCUCACCCCGGAUCGUUAAAAGUCCUGCGAGAGGAACUGAGUUCUUCUGAACACGUGGUCCACAACGUCUUCUUUGAGUUCUCCACCGCUCUGGCCUGCGUCCCUGCGCCGGUCGACUGCCAGAUCAUUGAUUCCCACGGUAACGAAUACGACCUGAGUCACCUGAUCCGCCACGCGGACGACAGCCCCUGGAUCGCCAUCGAUCUGGGCGUGGUCAAAUCAGGCACCUUUUACAUCAACAUCUGCAAACCCCUCCCUCCUCUGAGGGACUGUCCAGUGGGUCCUUUGGGUGCCUGCGGCAUGAUUGGUGGAAAGAGCUACAACCUGGGAUACAUCCAGUCCAGCCCGCAGGCGGCGGAGGACGGCUCCAUCAGCAUCGUGUACCAGAACGGAGACCGGUGUGGUUCCACGUCCCGCUACUCCACACGCAUCAUCCUCCAGUGCGUUGACAACCCCGGCUCCCCCAUGUUCGACCGUAAAGACGGCUGUGAGUACGUGUUCAUCUGGAGGACGUCCGAGGCCUGUCCCAUCAGGAAGUCUAAAGGCGACGACUGUCGGGUUCGUGAUCCCAGGAGCGGCUACGAGUUCAACCUGAGCUCCCUGAAGGGUAAAGAUUACCCCGUCAGGAGCGAUAAAUACAUCUACCACCUGGCGGUCUGCGGGGGGCUGCAGAGAGACAUCUGCACCCACAUAGACACCGGCGCCGAUGCUGUCGCCUCCUGCCAGGUGGAGGGAAACAACCAGAAGAUCGGAGGACUGGCGAGCCAAGUUCUGAGUUAUGUGGGAGAUCAGCUCAUCCUGAACUACACUGACGGAGAGACCUGCCACAGGAUAUACAAAAGAUCCACAGAGAUCUACUUCUCCUGCCACCCCGACAGGAAACCUGGAGUACCAGAGUUUAUCAAGGAGACUCCAGACUGCACCUACCUGUUCAGCUGGCCCACCGCUCUGGCCUGCAUCCCAGUUAAAACCACCAGCUGCUCCUACAAUGACGGUCAGGGCCACUCGUACGACCUCUCCCCUCUGGCGAUGGACUCCCGAAACUGGCAGGUGGAGCCCUCUACUGACGACACGACGAAACAAUUUUACAUCAACGUCUGCAGGUCGCUGGUGCAGCAGGGAGGCUCAUGGAAGUGUCCCUCCAGUGCGGCAUCCUGUCUGAAGGUCGGAGAUGAAUAUGUGAGUCUGGGGCAGGUGGAGUCUGGUCCUACGUGGGACAAAAGUGUCCUGAAGCUGCAGUACGGCGGCGGUCAGGCCUGUCCCAACGACCGAAGCCGCAACAGGAGCAGCAUCAUCCGCUUCAAGUGUGACAAAGACAAAGUGGACUCCCGGCCGACUCUGAUCUCAGCCAUUGAGGACUGCGUGUACACUUUCCUCUGGUUAACAGCCGCUGCCUGCCCCCUAAACAGCACCCAGCACGACGACUGCCGGGUCACCAACCCAGCUACAGGUCAUUUGUUUGAUCUCAACGCGCUGAGAAAGGAGGGAGGCUACACCGUGUACGACCAUCAGGAACACGGGAAGAUGUUCCGCAUGAACAUCUGUGGGGACGUGACCAACACUGGAUGCAGCCCUGGAACCGCCGUGUGCAUUAAGGACGCGUCCACGGCGGUGAGCGCCGGUCAGGUGAGCAGCAAACUCUCAUACAAGGAUCACGUUCUGGAGCUGGCGUACGAAGGAGGGAGUCCCUGCCCAGCAAACCCCGCCCUCAAACACAACACCAUCAUCACCUUCAUCUGCAGGCCACCUAACAUGGGCUCAGCCCCCCCAGAACCCGUUCUCACUUACUCCAACGCCGAGACCUGCACACACUUCUUCUCUUUCCACACACCGCUGGUCUGCGAACAGACAGUGAAGUGUUCAGUCCAGAACGGGCCUGCCCUCAUAGACCUGACUCCUCUGAUCCACGUCAGCGGAUACUACACAGCAACAGACGACGCAGUGGAUCAAAGUGACGAAUCUCCAGACUUCUUCAUCAACAUCUGCCAGCCUCUAAACCCCAUCCCCGGGGUCAGCUGCCCCCCUGGAGCUGUGGUCUGUAUGGAUCCUGAUGAUGGACCUCCUGUGGACAUCGGCCGGACCACCAGCGGCCCUCAGAUCAACGACGUAACGAAGGAGGUGUCCAUCACUUACAGCAGCUCCACCAAGUGUGCAGCCGAUCCUGCGCAGAACUACACCUCCACCAUCGUCUUUUCCUGCCAGAACGGCGUGGAGCUGGGCUCUCCCCAGAUGCUGAGGCUGCAGGGAUGUGUGUAUUUCUUUGAAUGGGCGACGCCGCUCGUCUGCUCAGACGCCACCAACACCAGCGGCUGCAAGCUCACCGACUCCCAGCUCCAGUUCACCUUCGACCUGUCGAGCCUCUCCGGUGAAGUCCAGGUCCCGGCGGGCUCGAGCACCUACCACAUCAAUGUCUGUGGCUCAGUGGCUGAUCCGGACUGCAGGAACAGCGCAGUCUGCCGGGUGUCUGGCUCUGGUUCAGAGAAGUCGGCUCCGUCGUUUGGCAUCAGCAAAGCCAUGACGAUGGACUUCAAGCAUGACGAGCAGGCCGUGCUGAUGCAGUACGGUGGAGGAGAUCCCUGCCCACCAGUGACGGAUGUGGGCGAGGCGUGCGUUUUCCCCUUCACCCUCAUGAAGAAGUCGUACACAGAGUGCACCAGCGAAGGGAGGACAGACGGCAGGAAGUGGUGCGCCACCACCGCCAGCUAUGACACGGACAGGAAGUGGGGCUUCUGCGGCGCAGCCUCUGGCAAGCGUCAGUCGUCCAUAUUGUUCACCUGCGACCAUUCCGCGGGCCACGGCUUCCCACAGCUGCUCUCAGAGACGGCCGGGUGUUCGGCCACCUUUCAGUGGCGGACCAGCGCCGUUUGCCCCCCGAGGAAGAUGGAAUGUAAGCUGGUCAGCCAGCAUCAGACCUUCGACCUGCGAGCGCUGUCCUCCCUCACCGAGCCGUGGAAGUUCAGCCACGGGAGAGAUUCGUAUUUUAUCAACCUGUGUCAGAGCAUCCACGGCGGACUGCCGGGCUGUCCGGACGGAGCGACUGUGUGCAGACGCUCAGCCGCAGGAAAGGUCCAGGUCCUGGGUCGAGUUUACACUCAGAAAAUGAGCUACGCAGGCGGGAAGAUCUCCGUCACGUACUCGGCCGGAGACGAUGUCUGCGGUAACGGCGUGAAGGCCAGGACCGUCAUCCAGCUGAGCUGUGGCUCCACUGUCGGACGCCCAGAACUCAUCAGCGUCGACGAAGCGUCAUGUGAGUUUUUGAUUGGCUGGGAGACUCGGUCGGCGUGCGCGGUGAAGCAGCGUGAGGUAGUGAUGAUGAACGGGACGAUACAGGUUCCCGAAACCGGAGCCAACCUCAGCCUGGGAGCGCUCUACUUCAGCCACCAUCAGGCAUCUGGAGACAUCCGUCCCAACGGCGACCGCUACAUCUACCACAUCCAGCUGUCCGGCAUCACCAACGACUCCCUGUCCACCUGCUUCGGUGCCAACAUCUGCCAGGUCAAACUCAACGGGCAGUACAGACGCAAGAUCGGCUCCUCCAGCAAAGCCAAGUACUACAUUAAAGGAGGAAACCUGGAUGUGAUGGUGUCCUCUGAGUCGGCGUGUGGGCGGGUCAAGACCAAAAUGGUGUCCUCCACCAUCAUGUUCCAGUGCAACCCCUCGGCCGGCGUCGGCAUCCCCGAGUUCAUGCUGGAGACGGACGAAUGCCAGUAUCUGUUCGUGUGGCACACCAACGCCGUGUGUCGCCUCACAACUGUUGACACGAGGUCAGAGGAGGACGACGGCGGUAAGAGUCUCUCCAGGCGGAGUCAGGCGGUGGGGGUGAUGCUCACCGUCCUGCUGGUGGGUCUGACCGUCUGUCUGCUAGGGCUGCUGCUCCGCAAGAGAGAGAGGAGAGAGCUGGUGAUCCAGAAGGUUGCAGGCUGCUGCAGGAGAGGGAACCAGGUCUCCUAUAAAUACUCAAAGGUCAACAUGGAUGAAGAAGGGGGUGAAGAGGAGAUGGAGUGGCUGAUGGAAGAGCUCGAAGCCCCUCCAACAUCCUUGUCCUCAUCCUCCCAGCGGGGCAGGAAUAACCACGGCAACGGUCACAUCACGACCAAGCGGGUGAACACGGACGGCCUGCGCUCGUUCUCGCUGGACGACCAGGACGACGACAGCGAGGACGAGGUGCUGAGCGUCCCGGGGGUGCGGGUGGUCAAAUCGUCCGGCCUCCCCCGGCAGUCGGCGGCCCAUCACAGUGCCUUCCUUCAGGAGGAGAGCGACGAGGACCUGGUCGGCCUCCUGGAGGAGUCAGACAGGAAGAGGAAGAGCAGCAAACCUCGCUCCUCGGGCCCGAACAGCGCAGCGGCCAAUAGGAAACGGGACGAGGACGACAGUGACGAGGACCUCCUCAAGGUGUGAUGUCACUCCCUCCUCGCCGCUCCUCCGCCCUCCGAUCUGAACUCUUCUCUCUCAGUGAAUGUCUCCACCAUAGCAACAGCAGCGCUGAACACCACCACGUCGAAGCGUUUGUCUCUUUUGGGAUUUGUUUCCGUUGGACUGCGCCGUCACUCCACUCCUCCGUCUGCAGACUGUCCACGUUAGCACACGCGCUCUUAUUUAUUGGUAGCUGAUUGUUUAAAAUGUUCUGUGGGUCAUUUUUUGACCACUUUUCUCACAUUUUCCAUCAGAACUCUGCUAAUUUGCUUCACUAUCAUCACUUCGGCUCUAAUUCAACCCCAGAGGCUCAGACGGCGUCUUUCUCCACGUGUUGACGCUGCAAUGAGGCGUCAGCGAGAAGAUGUAAACUUAAAUGAUGUGAAGUCUUUGAAAUGAAGCUGUGCCAUUGCUUUAGCACUUUAUCGUAGCACUGAUUGACAGUAAUGCCUCAUUGCAGGUGAACAGAAUACCUGUGGGGGGAUUUACAGUCAGGUAGCUCAAUAGUGAAACACUUUAGCAGAUUUUGGGAGAAGAACAACAGUUAUGGAAGAAGGUAAAGGGGGACCGGUUCAGCCUGGAGGUGUCGGCUUGUGUUGGUUCUAAAGGGAAUGAAGACGCCUGUUUGGCUUUUCUUGCUGUUUACAGUUGCUAUGAGAGCAGAUCUUUUCUCUUUCUUUCCCCUUGAAAAGAGAGCGCGAUGCCUUCCUGAUAAUGAAUUUACUUUGCAUUUUCGUCGACGCGUCCGGCGGCGGGUUGAUUUCUGUCUUGUUUUGAUCAGAGACUUUGUACAUAGAUGAUAAUGUUCUAUAAUAUGGACGUUUUGUUCGUUUGUCGUCUUCACCGGUGAAUCGCGGCCACAUUUGUUUUUAUGAUUAUUUAAACGGCUGUCUGAGCUGAUAAUCUGAACGCAUCUCUGAUCUGUGUGAAAGUCGAGGUGGCCUUAAGUGUGAAUGGACGGCGGACGAGGACGCAGGUUGAAAGUCAGACGUUAGUUUAGGUCGUGUCGGUUUUGAAGUCCCCCUUCCCUCCAAAGCCAUAUUCCUUCAGCCACCGCUGGCGCUGAUGUACGGAAGUUUGCACGCUCUCUUGCAUUAAGGCUCACUUUGGGCGUUCAGGUCUGUGAUUGUGGAUGCUGCUGCAUUAAAAAAAAGUGAGAUUUUAAAUCGGUAAAGCCAAGUUUUUGUAGUGCCGAAAUCAGCCCUUUUUAGCCAAAUGCAUGCAAGACAAGAAGGAUGCAGGCAGUUCAACUUCCAUUCAACACAGUUUCUUUUCAAACUGAUUGCAGCCAUGAAGCCGCUCGCCAUGAAGCCGCUCGCCAUGAAGCCGCUCGCCGGCUCUCUGCUUUGGUUCCAGCCCAGACAGUCGUUGUGAAGUUUACUGAGCGAGUGCACAGACUUGGUGAAUUUACAGACUCACAAAUGGCUGCACGUACUCUAAUUUCUCUGCCAGCUCAGAACAUAACGAGUGUUUUCCAAGGCUGCAACAGUUAUUUUCAUCACACAGUAGAUCUGCUAAUUAUUUUUUUCAAUUAGUCGAACAUGUUAUCAGAUGCGAGAAAAUGUUAAAAAGUGCUCAUCGCCAGUUCCCAGACUGAGGUGACUCCUGAAUGUUUGACAUUCGAUGAAUAGCUGAUUAUCAAAAGUUGCACAUUUAUUUUGUGUUGACGAACGCGCGGAUUAAUAGUUUCAGCUCUCGUGUUUUGCAUCGUUUUGUUAAUCUGCUGUUGAGUCAAUGCACUUCUCGCGGAGUCAACACUCUUUGGAUAAGCACCUUGAAAACGUAAUUGAUUAACGAAAGAAGUGAUCAAUAGAUCAGCUAAUGAUGAAAAUGAUCGUUAGUUGCAGACCUUGGUGUCGUCCAUGUCUUCAUAUCAGUAAAUACUCAGCGUCAGUAUUUUAAUGGGACAUUUUGAAGUAUCUCAUAACAGGUGUUUCUCUCACCUGGCCAAGCAAACGAACUGAAAGGAGAAGCUGAACGUUCCACAGAUUGAUUAAACCACUCUUGUAUUGAUUUGCAAUCACAGAUAUUUUGCACUUACACGGAGUAUUGAUUACAGUAAGUUCGCCGAUCGGGUACGAAGGGGAGAGAAGGUAGAUUCACUUCUGGGUUUUCUCAGUGUUCAAUCCACAGAAACUAAAGUUAUUAAAUGAAACUUGACGUUAUUGCUAAAAUCUAUCAAUUCACCAUUCAGGGUAUUUCUAAAGCUUUGUACACAAAAUUUGCUAAACGAGUUUUUGUACGAUGCCAAUUAAAAUGUCCAGAAAUCACAGACAGAAAAUCACAAAAGCAUCAAAAAAUCUUCGGCUGGCAUCGGACACAUGAGUGUUUUAUACGGAGGAAUUUUGAGACGUUCCCUCAUAAUGAGCUCGUAGAAAGCAUCAUCAUCCUCUGUCCUUUGCUGUGGCCGCUCAGUAACGUUCCUGAGGUCACAAAGUGAAACUUCUCAGAAGCACUUUUUGUGCUUUUUCAUUGAAUUCGUCCAGAAUUCUGAGAUGCUGAUCUGAGAUUAUGAAGAGUAUAAUCUACCCCUGAGAACAUAAAGAACGAGGUGAGCAUACAGAGCACACAGGGUUCCAAAAAACUGCUGAAUUAGUGUAAUUACAAACGGAUCCCGGUGUCGCUCUGAGCAAAAGUCAUGAAGUCGAGCCCGUUGUUGGCAGACUGGACGACUUUUUAUCAGUUUGAAGUGUUGUCAUUUAUUCAGCAUGUGGACUUGAGCUGUUCCUGACCCCUUUAGAAGGAGGUCUGAAGCGGGAUGAAAGCGUCUUUCUGUGUCUGGAGCUUUGUACUCAGCUCGUCUCAUUUCAGAGAAGCAGACGGUAUCGUUCGGAACGCGAGGCCCUUCUCCAUCGUCUGUUUCUGCUGUAUUUAGCACCAAAGCUUGUGUGGCUCAUCUUGCAUGGAACUGUACUGAACCUCCUCUUUCCUUUUGAAGACAUGAAUUGACAUUCUUGUGCUUUUUCGUCGACGCCGUUUUGGGCUACGUGAAACUAAUUCAGCGCCUGAGAUCCAGAUCAAGAGUUAAAUUCAGGAGCAAUCGGAGAAAUCAGUGACUGAAAAAAGCACAAGAAGUUUUCUGUGAUGAUUCGGUACUUUGGGGGAUCAUUGUUAUGUUUCAGUUGGGAUAAGUUAUGUUGUCAGAUAUGUUUUUCAGCUCUUUGCCUGUUUUCCUAUUUAAAAAAAAACAUUGAUGUAAAAAAUAUUGCAUUAUUUGAAUAAAUAAGAUCCGCUGUUUA